AUGACUGGGAAAAAGUGCUACAGUGGCCAGGAGCAGCACACUCUCAACCAGCUGAGUCAGCACUUCUUCGGGCUGACGCUGGUUGAGAGUUACACCAAGCCGCUGGAGUACACAGGGGAGCUGAUUGGAAUCAGCUACCUCUACAGCCAGACUGGGCGGACUCUGCAGGACUUCCCUGAUGACCCAGAGGAGCCUGACAGCAGCGAGGAGCUCAAUGUUGAGGAGGAGAAGGAAGAUCUGGUUCUGGAGGAGGUUGGUGAUGAGGGAUUCCAUGAGUUCCUCUUGGAUGUAUUACAUCCCUCACAGCAGCCACCUCAGCCUCCACCUCGCCCGACACUGCAGCAGCCCCAGCGUCCACCACCUCGCCCGACACUGCAGCAGCCUCAGCCUCCACCUCGCCUGACGCUGCAGCAGCCCCAGCGUCCACCACCUCGCCCGACACUGCAGCCAGUGUCACCACAGCAGCAGCCUCCACCUGUGCCCUCCUCCCAGCUGACCACUGCAUCGUCAUCCACGUACAGUGAUCCUGAUGGAAGGCCGGGGUACCAGCAUGUGGUCCUGCUGGCUGACAGACUGGUGGAGCUCUGCAGGAAGGGCUUCAUCAGUGAUGCUGAAGCUGAGGAGAUUGUGGGCCUUUGGCAGAACCUCCCUGCUGCGGACAAGGGUCCUGCGGUGUAUCCGUCAUGCUACAGGGCCCAGCUGUCUAAGGGGAGGUUUAAGAGGUCAAAGACCUACGCUCCUAAUGCAGUGGCCAUGCCGGAACUGGAGAGUAUGAAGCGCUGUGUUGUGGGAACGGGCGUCGGGCCUGCCACGUGGCCCGACACCAGAUGGCUGGUGGAGGCCAUUUUCAUCCGGCUGACUGUCCUCCAUCCCAGCGGCAAGAGGAUGAUGGGGUGCCUGGUAAGCCGCUGGACACUGAUUCUGAGGGACUACAACACCAUCAGGAACGUGGUCACAAUGCACCCUGCCCUCAGAAACAGGACCACCCUCCAGCUGCCACCCUCUCUUAGUGGCACAAAAGGUGGACGGCUGCCCAAGAGAGGAGCACCCUUGCCCCUGCACUCUUCUCCCUGCCGGCCCCUCUUGUGGCUGAGGGCACCCUACUGCCAGCAAGAGAGAACCAGGAAGAGGAGACCCAGCCUGCCCUGGGCUCCUCAAUUUAUGAGGACAUGCUGCCGCUGGAGGGAGAUGAGGAGGAUGAGAAGGCCAGUGCUGGCCUAUCUGGGGCUUUUACUGCAGCUGCCACCACCUCUGCCGUUGCUGCCGCUACUGUGGCCACCACCUCUGCAGCUUCGUCUUCAUCUCCUUUUCCAAAAACCACUGCCUGGAACAGGAAGAGGCUGCAGGAGGCACAGGCAGAGGCAGCAAAGCAAGGACAGACUCUAAGGGUCAGAGCCCCUUCCAUCAUUCGCUGCAGCCAUUGUGGCCAGCGAAAGGUGAAGGAGACAGGCCACAAGCUGCUGACAAAAAACAAUGGGCAGAGGGUGAGUUGUUGUCCGGUGGCAGCAAAAAACAAAAGCCCAGAGGAGUGGCUGGCCUCCCUGGACUGAAUUGUGUGUGUGCGUGUG